AUGAAUCCACCUAUUUUGGUGCCUCCAACAACAGGAAAACCCCUUAUUCUCUACAUAUCUGAAACAAAAGUAUCAUUAGGAGCACUCUUAGCUCAAGAGGAUUCAACAGGAAAAGAACAAGCCAUUUACUACAUCAGCAAGACAUUGAAUGGCUAUAAAAUUAAUUAUACAUUCAUCCGGAAAGCAUGCUUAGCUGUGGUGUUUGCUUCCCAAAAGUUGCAACACUACAUGUUAGCACAUACCAUCAAGCUAGUGACGAAAAUUGAUCGAUUAAAGUACCUACUCAGCAAAGCUUCUCUCACAGGAAGGUUGGCAAAAUGGGUUAUGAUCCUAAGUGAAUUUGACAUUAAGUACACUGAAAGAAGAGCUAUCAAGGGGCAAGUGAAUGUUGAUCAACUAGUUGAUGCACCACUACAAGACCAUCAACCGAUACAAGUAGACUUUCCCGACAGGGAUAUUCUUAACAUCAACACCAAGCAGUGGAUUCUUUACAUUGAUGGAUCUUUUACUCAACAUGGGUCAGGGGCUGACAUCCUCUUUGUCACUCCCGAGGGACAUACCUUCCCAAGAUCAUACAUAUUAAUUUUCCCCUGCACCAAUAAUGUGGCAGAAUAUGAGGCACUUGUGACUGGCAUCAAGGUGGUUGUUGAAUGGAAGAUAACUGAACUAAAAGUCUAUGGAGAUUCACAAUUGAUCAUCAACCAGGUCAAUGACGACUAUCAAACAAAGGAUGACAAAUUGAUGCCCUACAAGCACAUGGUGGAUGACUUCAAGAAGUAUUUUGCGAAUAUCACCUUUAAGAAAAUACCAAAGUUGGACAACAAAGCAGCUAAUGCAAUGGCAACUAUCGCUUCUCUCUUACAAAUGCCAACAAAGAAGGGUCACUAUGAAUUCCUGGUGGAGCAACUGUUAUCCCCAGCCUAUGACAACUCUGAAUCCCAGACUAGAGAGGAGGGGUUGGUGGUGCUCCGGGCGGAGGUGGGGCUCGGGCCAGGCGCAGGUGGCGCAGAGGUGGAGUGGCACUCGGGCCAGGCACAGGUGGCGCAGAGGCAGAGCGGUGCGGUGGAAGUGGCGCAGCCCGGCGGUGCGGGAGCAGCGGUCGGAGCGCCUGCCAGAGCGGGGAAAAAAUCGUCGGCGGGAGACGUCACGGACGGCCGGCGGCGAGGAGCACGGGUGGCGAGGACGGAACGGGAGAUGAGGACGGCAUGGAAGGCGGUGCCAGUGGGGCAGGCCUGA